GACAAAUCCGUGCGCGUGCAUACGCGACUGCGCGUGCAUGUCCGCUUGGCUGCGGUGAACAUCACUCACUGACUGGCAUCAGCACCGCUCAACCUUAACCUCGCUCGGGCUCCUCUGUUGGGACGAAAGGACGCAAUCGAAAAGAGCCUGUCGGUGGAAGUGAAUUGAGCCAAAGCACGUUUGUCGCUCUGUUUCGGGUCCUGACCAAGUGGGUAUUUGUCUACAAAUGGAUAAUGGAGGCUGGGGCCAUAGGGGGCCACUCAAAGUGUGGUCGUGCAUGCAGUCCACCAGUUGCCCAACCCUGGUUUAAGUUCUUCAACACAGCCGGCAUGGCUUCUACUCCACCUGCCUGUAAGAUGCCUACUCCCGUCACCUUAAACGUCGGAGGUCACCUGUACACAACCAGCUUGUCCACGCUGCAGCGUUAUCCUGACUCCAUGCUGGGCGCCAUGUUCCGGGGAGACUUCCCAACAGCCCGCGACUCCCAGGGCAAUUACUUCAUUGACCGCGACGGGACGCUUUUCAGGUACAUCCUGAACUUCCUGCGGACGUCGGAGCUCACCCUCCCGGCUGACUUCACAGAGACAGACCUUCUGAGAAAAGAAGCCGACUUCUAUCAGAUUGAACCCUUGAUCCAUUGCCUGAGCGAUCCCAAGCCGCUGUACCCUCCGGACAUCUUCGAGCAGGUUGUGGAGCUUUCCAGCACACGCAAACUGUCCAAGUACUCCAACCCAGUAGCCGUCAUCAUCACACAGCUGACCAUAACCACAAAGGUCCACGCCCUGCUCGAGGGCAUUUCCAACAACUUCACCAAGUGGAACAAACACAUGAUGGACACCAGAGACUGCCAGGUGUCCUUCACCUUCGGGCCGUGUGACUAUCACCAGGAAGUGUCCCUGCGAGUUCAUCUCAUGGACUACAUCAUGAAACAAGGCUUUACCAUUCGUAACACGCGUGUGCACCACAUGAGCGAGCGGGCCAACGAGAACACGGUGGAGCAUCACUGGACUUUCUGUCGACCGGCUCAAAUCGUGGAAGAUUGAUUUGUUGUCGCCGUGUUAAGAUGGGGUCAAAUGCCCGUUCGCAUAUCAUCAUAAAGGGAGUAUUAUUUUUUUUGUUUUGUUUUGGCCACGAUCGAUUCUGAUGUGUCAAACAAGUAAUAGUUUAAAAGAUGAUCAAAAGUGAAGAUGAAUAAAGGACACCUUUAGAAAAAGAAAGAAACAAAAUGAGCCAUGAUAAAGACAUUAGUCAAUAUGUGAUGCCAAUGUUUGUAUGUUUUACAUUUUGAAAUGAGCAAUACAUUCCACAGUUAUUACCCCGCAAAGUUGUAAUGGCCGACUGCUGCCUGCGCGUGUAUGUUUUUAUAUGUCUGACUUGCCCUUGUCUUGCUGUGCGGUGCUUUUGAUGAAGCCAAAAAUAGGAAGUGUUGGAUGCUCGCUUUGGGCUUCAGCAACCUUCUUGUGUUUGAGGGCUAUUGGAAACCUUUUCCUAGUGGCACUUUGUUGAAAUGUUGCAUUUUGCCUCAUGAGUUAUUCCGUCUAGAAAGAAAAUUUGUAUAUAAAUAUAUAUACUCUACCUUGGAAGCCAAUUCUGGUGAGCCCAUGGUGCUCUUAGCUGUUUAUAUUCUUAAUGGUACUUCUGUCCUAUGUAGUUGUUGCAUGUGUUUAAUGCAUCUGUUUAGAUGUAUGUUUGCAGUUUUGUGUCAUGCUGUUACACUUGCCAUCAAUAAAUCCAGUAUCUCAAAGGUUGAA